AUGGCCGAUGGCUACGCUCGUCUCACAAAUGAGCCCCAGCGCGGCGUCAACAUCAAACAAAUGGUUGGACGCGCAUAUCAAUUUGCCAUGUCUGACCCAAAAGGACCAGUCUAUCUCGUUGGAUCGAGGGAAGCCAUGGAGGAGGAGAUUGAGAGCUAUCCCUUGGAGAAGCGGAUGUGGGAAGGUAUUGGCCCAGCAGCACUGACUGAGGAUGUCGUGCGCCUAAUUACUGGAGCUCUCCUUGAAGCCGAGGAACCCUUAGUGAUUACAGGAUAUUGUGGUAGAAAUCAUGCGACCGUUGAAGCCUUAGUCCGCUUAGUGAACAAUUUUCCAGGACUCAGAGUGCUCGACACAGGUGGCAGUGAUAUGUGCUUUCCAAACGAUCAUCCCGGCUACUUGGGAUUAAGAUACGGUAUGGAUGAUAGCAUUACUACCGCAGAUGUCAUCAUCGUCGCAGACUGCGACGUUCCUUGGAUCCCAACGCGAUGUAAACCAAAGUCUUCGGCCCGAAUCUUCCACAUUGAUUCAGAUCCCCUGAAAUGUCAGAUGCCGGUGUUCUAUCUACCGAGCGAAGGCCGCUGGAAAGCGGACACGUUCACCGCUUUUCAUCAAAUAAGCGAAAGUCGUGUUUUGAAGAUGGUCGAGUACAGCAACACAAUGCCGGAGAAACUGGCGCAAAUCAACUCAAUGAGCAAAGAUAGGCAGACGAGACUGGUGGCUUCCGGCACGAACCGUGACGAGAGCAUAGCAGACUUAGCGUUGCCAACGAUCUCCAAUCAGCUGAAUCCGUCGUACUUGGCAGCAGCCAUACGCCGUGCUGUCCCUGAUAAUAGUAUCUUUGCUGUCGAAGCCGUUACCGUAACGCCUUUCGUAGCAGACCAGGUCAAGCCUACAAUCCCCGGUACAUGGCUCAACUGUGGCGGCGGAGGCCUUGGCUGGUCAGGAGGCGGCGCUUUGGGCAUUAAGCUAGCCACCAAAGAUCGCGGGGAACAGCGUUUUGUAUGCCAGAUUGUCGGCGAUGGGACCUUCCUCUUCUCUGUUCCCGGAUCUGUCUACUGGAUCAGUCAGCGCUACAAGCUUCCGGUCCUUACUAUCGUCAUCAACAACAAGGGAUGGAAUGCGCCAAGACGAUCGCUGCUUAUCGUUCAUCCCGAGGGAGAGGGCAGCAAGGUCAGCAAUAGGGAUCUUCACAUUGAGUUUGAGCCUGGGCCGGACUAUGCAGGGAUCGCCAAAGCUGCAGCUGGUGGGAGACUGUGGGCUGGGAAGGCAGCCACGGUAGGUGAAUUGGAAGCAGCAUUAGGGCAGGCGGUGGAAAGUGUAAAGAACGGGACUGGAGCUGUGCUAGAGGCAGUCUUGGAAUCUGAAGAGCCGGUGGAUGGAAAAAGCCAGCAAGCUAACGAAGGAGAGAUGCCUGGCUAG